UUCGAAGAUAAUCGCAUUCGCUGAGCGUCGUUUGACUGCUCAAACAACUAAUUCUGUCUUCCAGCGAUGUCCCAACUGUGCAGAGCGACUUUACGAACUUGCAGCCGGCCAUGGCUGUCUGCGCGGAAACGGGCGUUCUCGACCACUACCCCACGGCGAGUAAUGGAAACCACAGGAUUCACAGAGAACCAACUCAUGGUUCGAGAAGCCAUCAGCCAGGUCUGCGCAAAGUUUCCAAACACAUAUUGGCAAGAACAUGAUCAAGAUGGAACCGAUCCCAAAGACUUUCAUGCGGCUCUUGCAGCUGAUGGCUGGCUUGGAGUCGCGCUACCAGAGGCUUAUGGAGGUGCUGGUCUGGGAAUCUCAGAAGCGACCAUCAUGAUGCAGACAAUAGCCGAAUCUGGAGCAGGUAUGGCUGGGGCUCAGGCGAUACAUGCGAAUGUAUACGCAACGCAGCCAUUGGCUAAAUUUGGAACGAAGGAGCAGCUUGAAGAGACAAUACCAAAGAUCAUCUCUGGAGAAUGGCGAACAUGUUUUGGCGUUACAGAACCUAACGCCGGUCUCAACACCCUCGCCCUUGCGACUGCAGCGAAGAAGCAAGGUGAUGACACAUACUCGAUCACCGGCCAGAAGAUUUGGAUUACCUGUGCUCAAGUCGCAUCGAAAAUGAUCCUUCUCGCGCGCACAAAGGCCGCCGACGAGGCACCCAAGCCCAGCCAGGCGCUUUCCUUGUUUUGCAUCGACGUGGACAAGAGCAACCCUGGACUUGAAAUCAAGAGAAUCAAGAAGAUGGGAGGUCAUGCGGUUGACGCGAAUGAGGUGUUCUUCGACAACUACCGCAUACCUGCCAGUACCCUGAUUGGCAAGGAAGGGCAAGGAUUCAAGAUCAUCUUGGAUGGCAUGAACGCUGAAAGGUGCUUGCUUGCUGGCGAGGCAUUAGGGUUAGGGUAUGCAGCGUUGGCAAAGGCUGCGGGCUAUGCUCGUGAGCGCAAGGUCUUCAAUAGGCCCAUUGGUAUGAACCAGGGUAUCGCUCACCCGCUGGCUGAUGCAUACAUGAACCUAGAGGCAGCCAAGUUGGCGACAUAUCACGCUGCUCGUCUGUACGAUGCGAGUACAACAGACUCGUCCAUUCGACAAGAUGUUGUAGGCAUUGCAGCAAACAGUGCGAAAUAUCUGGCAGCAGAAGCGGCUUUCAAAGCUUGCGAAAGAGCGAUGUUGUCUCACGGUGGGAUGGGAUAUGCAGCUGAGUAUGAUGUCGAGCGCUGGUUCAGGGAAUGCAUGGUGCCACGCAUUGCUCCUGUCAGCCGAGAGAUGAUCCUGAACUAUGUCAGCGAGAAGGUUUUGGAGCUGCCACGCAGCUAUUGAGAUAGAACUGCAUAGAAUAUUCAAACGUACAUCAGGAAAUCACCGUAGACAUACAAAGU